ACGUAUGAGAGAAGCUUGUCCAGAGGCUUUGAGAUCAACUUUACCUCAGACAUGAGUGUACGACUCACACAGGGGGCAGUGGAAGCCCUGUACAAAGGUGAAGAGGUGCACAAUCCUGUUCUGCAGCUUCUGAAAAUCGGUCAUAUAAACAGUGCCUCGGGUCCACCAAGGUUCCGUCUUAUGAUGAGUGAUGGUCUGAACUCUCUGUCUUCCUUCCUGUUGGCCACCCAGUUAAACCAUCUGAACGAAGACAACCUCUUGGCACCGAACUGUGUGUGUAUGUUGAAGAAGACCGUCAAAAACACAUUGUCAGAUGGCAGGUGCGUGGUGAUUGUGAUGGACAUAGAGAUAUUGAAGUCGGCCGAGGAAACCGGAGGGAAGAUUGGAAAUCCCACCCCAUAUAAUACAGAUGGUAAGACUUCAUCUCCAGCGAAGUCAGCCUCGAGCACCUCUGUCCCAGCAUCCCCUCCAUCUGCUGCGGUCCCUGGACCCUCCCAUAACAACAACAGCAUCACCGAUUCUCCUCCCCGAGGCCGUGGAAGAGGUUUCGUGGGAAAGUCACCUGUCAGGACGUCACCGUGGAACGCUUCACCCAUGAAGACGUCACCGUGGAAGGAUUCACCCAUGAAGGAUUCACCCACAAAGACAUCACCGUGGAAGGAUUCACCCAUGAAGACAUCACCUGCAAAGACGCCACCGUGGAAAGCUUCACCCAUGAAGACGACACCUACGAAGUCGCCGCCGUGGAAAGCUUCACCCUCGAAGACGACACCUACGAAGUCGUCACCGUGGAAGGCUUCGAGCUCUUCUCCAGAUUCUUCACCUAAAAUGAUUCCUAUUGGGAGCCUCAACCCCUACCAAUCCAAGUGGACUAUCAGAGCACGAGUCACCAACAAGUCCAAUACGCGCACCUGGAGUAACUCUAAAGGAGAGGGGAAGCUUUUCUCUUUUGAUGUAUUGGAUGAAAGUGGAGAAAUCAAGAUCACAGCCUUCAACAGCGAAGUGGACAAGUUUUUCUCUCUAGUGGAGCAAGGCAAGGUGUACUACAUCUCUAAGGCGUCACUGAAGGUGGCCAACAAACAGUACACCACACUCAAGAAUGACUACGAGAUGACCCUCCAUGCUCAUUCCUCCAUUGUGCCAUGUGAUGACAGUCAGGACAUCCCCACAAUGAACUGCGACUUUGUGCCCAUCGCAGAGAUGGAGAACAAGGACAAGGAUGCCAUCAUUGAUGUGAUUGGAGUGUGCAAGAGUGCAGACGAUGUGUCCCGCAUCACCACAAAGGCCAGCAGAGAAGUCUCCAAGAGGGCCCUCCACUUAAUAGACACCACUGGAAAAGUGGUGACAGUCACACUGUGGGGAGAAGAGGCGGAGAAGUUUGACGGCUCUGGAAAACCUGUGGUCGCCAUUAAAGGAGCUCGCUUGUCUGAUUUUGGGGGCAGAUCUGUCUCUGCUUUGUUCAGCUCAACAGUGAUGGUCAACCCAGACAUGCCGGAGGCCUUUAGACUGAGGGCCUGGUAUGACAAAGAAGGCUAUGCGGUGGACAGCCAAUCCCUGACAGAGGCACGAUCAGUGGGCAGCGGAGGAAAGAUGAACUGGAAAACACUGAGUGACAUUAAGAAUCAACAGAUGGGACACAGAGAUAAGGCGGACUAUUUCAGCUGCAUGGCGACAGUGGUGUACGUUCGUAAAGAGAAUUGUCUGUACCAGGCCUGUCCAUCUGCAGAAUGCAACAAGAAGGUCAUAGACCAACAGAAUGGAAAGUACCGCUGUGAGAAGUGUAACAGAGAGUUCCCCAACUUUAAGUACAGACUCCUACUUUCUGCUAACAUAGCUGACUUCGGGGAUAACCAGUGGGUGACAUGUUUCCAGGAGACAGCUGAGGUCUUGUUGGGUCACAGUGCAGAAACACUGGGGUAUCUCAGAGACACGGAUGAGGCUGCAUUCGAUGAAGUCUUCCAGAAAGUCAACUACACAACUCACAUUUUUAAGAACAGAGUCAAGCUGGAGACGUAUAACGAUGAGACCCGAGUAAAGGUAACCGUAAUGGAAGUCCAACCAGUCGACCACAGGGAAUACAGCAGGAGACUCCUCAGUAACAUCCACAAAUUGGCCAGCUGAACUUGAUCCCCAGUCAUCCAAACGGCUGCUCUGUGAUUAAAUGUGUCUUCGACCGGUCUCUGACGGGUGUCCGACUCUUUCCGACUCAGUGAGAUAACAGCGUAUCUGACUGAGGCAGCAGAGGGGUGGCGAGUGAUUCAUCUGACUAAAUGGCAACCCAACAAAAGACUGAUAUUUAGUUGUUCAUUUCCUUCAAAACGCCAGUUGUGAAAAACUGGAAAUGUGAUGGAAAUUACUUUAACCUUUUAAUUUAAUUACAUUUUAACAAAGAGGUUUGACUAUGAUUACAUAGAAGUGUGGCUCAGACCUGCUUACAUCUCAUGUAUCAUUUACAAGCGCAAGCAUUUUCUUUUUUCUUUAUUUUAGAAGAAGUGACAAAUUUUUUCUUUGUUAUUUGUGCUGUGAUGCUCACUUCGAUGAGUCAGAUUUAUUUAAAUUUUUCAUUGUUUCAUCUUAAAUUGAAUGUGUGGGGAAAGUGUGUGGGAUAUGCACGUGUUGGCAUUUGUUUUAAGUGUGUUCACAGGGUUUGUUGCCUGUUAAAAUGAUUCUUUGAGUUUAAAAAAAAAAAAAUGUUGGCUUUGCUCUCUGGGCUUC